AGAAAAGGGUGGAAUUUAGGCGUGUCUACGUAGAGGCCAUGCCAGGUAAAAAACCCAAUGGAUGGGAAACACGGAAGUUCACAAAAACUGAACGAGAGUUUCCACAAUCACAGUUGGAGAUGGACUAAUCGCGACGGUCACCCGUGAUGAAAUGUUUUGUUUACAAUCUCGAUCUGAUGGUUGGAUUUGAUCGCAAGCACCCUGUAAACCAUCAGCGAUCGAUCGACAGGCGAUGCGUCUCUGAUGUGAAUUUAGACGCUCUUACUUCUACGUAGUAGGAACUUCAUACGUUUAAAUACUAGUCAGUCUCCAUAGUCACAAUGAGUGCUGCAGUCACUGAGGGUCAAGAGCCCUCCACCUCUGCUGGAAAUCCAGAGGGACUCAGUGUAAAGGAUGUCAAUCAGAUGAUCAUGGAGUUCCUGAUGUUCAUGAUGAGAGCGAUUGUCCUGUGCUAUCCCGUGUACCUGACCGGCUCGCUUGGACUCAGCAUCAGCUGGAUUCUUCUGAGUAUGCUGAUGUGGACAAUGUGGAAAAACAACCGCAGGUGGAAAGAUCAGAGGAUCGAUACAGCUAUUGACUUUUUGGAAAACGAGAAGGACGUGAUCAGCACUGAACUCAAGGCCAUGAACAUGCCAGCUUGGAUUGACUUUGCAGAUGUUGAGAAGGCUGCAUGGAUGAACAAGAUUCUUCAGCAGGCAUGGCCAUUCUUUGGCAUGUACAUGGAGAAGCUUCUCGUUGAAAACAUUCAGCCGGCUGUAAGAACGUCCAGCCCCCAUCUGAAGACCUUCACUUUUACUAAAGUUCACAUGGGGCAGAAGGCUCCUACUAUUACUGGGGUACGAGUGUACACACAUGAGCUGGAAACAAGAGAGGUCAUCCUUGACUUCAACAUUGUUUACGAGGCUGAUGUGGACAUUGAUGCAGAUGUUAAACCAGCCAUCAAAGUAGGAGUCAAAGGGCUUCAGCUUCAGGGGAUGUUACGUGUAAUUCUCGAGCCUCUGAUUGGCCAGGCACCCCUUGUAGGUGGAGUCACCAUGUUUUUCAUUCGCCGACCCGCUCUGCAAAUCAAUUGGACUGGAAUGACUAACCUUUUAGAUGGUCCAGGACUAAGUCAAAUGUCAGAAUCAGCCAUUGUGGACAUCAUCGCCUCUCUCAUGGUUCUGCCCAAUCGGAUGUGCAUCCCUUUGAUUGAUCAAGUCAAGGUUGACCAAAUGAAGUUUCCUCUUCCUCGAGGUGUUGUACGGGUCCAUGUUUUGGAGGCUCGGGAUCUUGUAGCAAAGGACACGUACAUGAUGGGACUAGUAAAGGGCAAGUCAGAUCCAUAUACUGUGCUGAGGGUCGGGAACAAGCAAUUCAAAACAAAGACCAUCAAAGAAACUUUGAAUCCACGUUGGAAUGAAGUUUAUGAGUUUGUCAUUCAUGAAGCUCCUGGACAGGAGUUGGAAGUGGAACUUUAUGACGAAGACAAAGACGCUGAUGACUUUUUGGGCAGGUUCAGUUUGGAUUGUGGAGAUGUGAGAAAAGACAGAGAGAUAGAUGAGUGGUACACUCUGGAGGACAUUGAGAGUGGUCAGAUACAUAUGAAACUGCAGUGGUUUUCUUUGCACACAAACCCAGAACUACUGAAGGAGACUAGUGAUGGGCUUGCUUGUGCCAUGCUGGCAGUAUAUCUAGAUUGUGCCUCCAAUCUGCCUAAAAACCAACGUGAAUUCACCCAUAAUGAGAAACAUGGAAAACCACCCAAAGAGGCUCGGCUCACCAGAAAAACUAAUGAUCCCAACUCAUAUGUGGAAUUUUCCAUUGAUCAGCAAAGUCAAAAAAGCAAGAUUGUGUAUGCCACAAAAGACCCGAGUUAUGAUGAAUGCUUCACAUUCUUUGUGCACAGUGUGAAAAACCAAGUGUUGAAUGUUGAGGUAAAGGAGCACGAGAAGAAAUCCUCACUGGGCAAACUCACUCUGCCAUUGGUCCGGCUGCUCAAUGUUUCUGACAUGACAAUGGAUCAGCGCUUUCAGCUCGAGCGCUCCGGAGCCAAUAGCCAGAUCAAGAUGAAAGCUGUUCUCAGGAUUCUUACGUUGGAGAAACGGGAACCAAAGGUUGUCACUCCACCAGCUCAGGAUAAGUCAAAAGCCUCAUCAACUCAAACUCGCCCUGAGCCUCAAACUCCAGCUCCAACUCCAGUUCCAGCUCCAGCUCAACCUGUACAGAGUAACCAGAAGGAAAAUGUGCCCGUUUCAUCUGUCCCACUCUCCAGAACACAGACUGUUCCUGCCCCCAUGCCAUCUUCAGUCAGCUCCUCUAAUGACCUCCAAGCAGAGUAUCCCCCCUAUAGACGAAGCACUUUCGUGGGCACAGAGGCGCUGCGUUCGACCCCUUCCACCCCCAGUCAAAUGCGUCGCUACGAUUCCCACAGUCUGUUGUCAGAUAACUCAAUAGCUUCUUCUCGCUUUGAUCUAACAGACAGCGUCCCUUAUCCAGAGGCCGUCUUGAAUCACCAGGGCAGCUUUGGGCAGAUCCAACUCACAUUGCGUUAUGCCACCUUAAGGAAGCGGCUCAUCGUGAUGGUCAACAGCUGCAAGGAUCUGUUCUCCUGCAGCGAGAGCGGCUCUGAUACUUACGUCCGCCUGUAUCUGCUGCCUGAUCAGACGUGGAAACACCGCAAGCGCACUCCAGUUAAAAAGAAGACCGUGAACCCUGUCUUCAAUGAGAUAUUUGAGUUUGCCGUGUCACCGGAGGAAGCAAGAAACAGAAAGUUGGACGUUGCAGUAAAAAACAAUAAAAUGCUUCACAAAAGAGAGCGAAAGGAGAUUGGAAUGGUUUUGAUUGAUAUGUCUGAAAUGGAUCUGAUCAAAGGCUCCACAGAAUGGUAUGAACUCACUCUCCCCGGGCUGAAGAAGACAAACUAACAAAAUUGAGGUCAACUACACACAAAAUAAUGGAGCAAAUUUAUUAUUUAUACUCAAAUGAGACAGACUAAUGACUUUGACACUGACUUUUAAGGUGACAGGAAUACAUAAUUCCUAAAUCUACACAAUAGUUCAUUGCUCAUGUUGACCUUAUGCCACACUGUAGGAUCCAAUUUUAUACUUUUUCCACCAUCUAUUUUUACAUUCAUACACUGAGUUUUAUGCAUUUGCAGUCUUUUUUUGUGUGAUACAGUGAAUCUUAACAUGACAGGUUGUGUGGCUUUCGGUCUUUUUCAAUUUUUCUGUCAAAAGUCUUCAAAACAGGUUUAUUUUUUAUUUUUGUGCUGUAUUUCAUUAAUUAUUUUUUAUAAAUAUUAGUAUGAACUCAUGGAAUGGUAGCAAAACCACUUGAAUUCCUAAAUAUAUAGACAGAUAUGAUUUUAAAACUUAAAGCAUGAAGUAUUAUUUUCAGUUGUUACAAUGGAAUUCAAAAUUCCGUUCCAAAUAUCUCUACUUUCUGCACAAAGAGGAAAUAUAACUAUAAUGAUUUAUUUUUAUAUUUGUAACUAAGAUGUAGAAAAGCAAACAUACUUGUGGAUUGUGCUUAUAAACUUUUUUUUUUUAUAUAUAUGCCAAAAGUAUCAGUUGUAUGUUGUAUAAGGAUGUAAGAAAUUACAAUAAAACUAUUUGAAGGUUUAA